GGGCAAGUUCGCCGUGGUCCGGAAAUGCGUGAACAAGGAGAGCGGCGAGGUGGUGGCGGCCAAGGUGAUCCGCAAGCGUCGCAAGGGCAAGAGCUGCCGGGAGGAGAUCCUGCGGGAGGUGGUCAUGCUGGAGCUGGCCAUGGCGCACCCGAGGCUGGUGUCCCUCAGGGAGGUGUUUGAGACGCAGUCAGAGCUCAUCCUAGUCACUGAGUAUUGCUCUGGAGGAGAAUUGUUCCACGAGUGUGUUAUCAAAGAGUCCUUCAAGGAAGAUGACGUCCGGAAACUGUUAGUCCAGAUUUUGGAAGGCCUUGCAUAUCUCCAUGACAACAACAUUGUACAUUUAGACCUCAAGCCACAAAAUAUUCUGCUGACCAAGCCGUUCCCCGAUGGCGACGUGAAGAUUUGUGACCUCGGCUUUGCAUGUCUGACCAACACCGGGGAAGAUAUACGAGAUAUUAUCGGCACACCGGAUUAUGUCGCCCCAGAAGUACUUGAUUAUGAGCCCCUCAACAUACAAACAGAUAUGUGGAGUCUUGGUGUUCUCACGUACGUUAUGUUGACGACAUACUCCCCGUUUGCUGGAGACACACAACAAGAGACCUUCUGUAACAUAACUCAAGCAAAACUGGACUUCCCAGACUCACUGUUUGGCCAUAUAAACUCCCUGGCACAAGAUUUCAUUGCAAAACUGCUGGUCAAAAAGCCAAGAGAUCGCAUGACAGCCAGACAAUGCUUGGAUCACCCGUGGCUCAAGGACUUAAAACAAUCAAUGUCUAUCCAUGUUCCCACGCCUGACCACUCGGAGGGUCUUGCCCAGGACAUGGUGGUGCCCAGCAACUGGCACAUGUCGCCUGACCGUAGGUCAAACCUGCCCAGCGCUGAGGCGUCCGUGUCAAACCACAGAGACAUGCCAGUCAUCACAGAGGCCUCCAGUCCCCCGAAACCCGUACAGAACUCUGGGCUGGAAGUUUCCGCCGUCAUAGACACUCCAGUAGUGCCUUCAGGUCGGACGAGCAUCAGCGAGGAGAAAGACUCCAUCAGUAACACCUUGUCCAACAUCGGUAUUGAUAACCACAGCAUUGACAGAAGCAGUACAGCCUCGUUCGAGACGUGCGCAGAGAGCUUGGAGGGGGGCAGCAGCUCGGAUGUGUCUCCCUUCAUGCCCUGCGUCGACAAAUCCUCCACAGUAUUCUCCAGCGCAGACACGGCGACAUCUACGACACUAACGACAACCUCUCAGCCUUCCGUGAGCUCUUCUCACCACAGUGACACCAUUUCAGCAUUUGCCUCGGAUGUGGUCGCUGGGGUCACUGGGUUGACCCCAGCGGCCCGCGAUAGAGUUGUAGAACCGUCGGGUGGACAAAAUAUUCAGGAAGCAUCUGUUUGUGUGCAGGAUCAGAGUGCGGGUGACAAUGACGUGGCCAGUCCCGUCUCAGAAAUCACGGGGUCCCACCCCCUCCCCUGCGCGACAUCCCCCCGAGACAGCAAUAAACUGGACUACUCCAAGAAAAGGAUGUCCAUGGAGAUCCCACCCAAAAAAGCGAAGUGCAUUCAGGAUGAAGCUGAGACCCCGGCUGUGCAGGGGGCUAAUGGUUCUUCUGCCUCGGCAAACCCUAUCCCCAGAGAGCAUGUGGUGGUCUCUAACAGUGAUGUGUCCAUUCACUCAUGUAACGGGAUUGAAGACUGCCGGAAUGCUGUCUGAAUUUUCUCACUUAUGUUCAUUGAAAUAGUUUAUAGUUGUUACAGCACCCUCCCUUGAAGUGAAUACCCAGCCAAGGUUAAAAAUGGCCAAGCUGUUGCAAAAAGAAAAAGGAUAUCAUGGCUGUGUUUCAGAGUGUGCAAAAGUAGUGGAGCAAAAUAAACCCCUUUUGCUGUUGAAGUUAUCGUGUUUGUAGCAUGGACAAUGGACAUUGCCAUUCAUGAGGAGUGAUUUUUGUUUCUGUUUUUUAUUUUUUUUUAUUUUGUGAUACACUAGAUGAACAAAUUGUCUUGAAGUUCAGCAUGGUUUACUUGUUGACAAGUGCACAACUAUACAAGAAGUCCAGUGUUUCACAUCCACUGCUGCAGGUACAGCUAUGUUGUCAGUUUACUUUAUUAUAUUCAGUUAACCCCUCUCCUUCCCCUUUCUUCUUUUCUCUCUUUCUUUGUACUUUUGACUAGACAUUUUUCAGCCUGUAGCCUCUUGUUUUUUGUUACGUCUACAGCCAUGAUUUGAGGGGUGUCCCGCAGAUAAGUUUAAUUCAUGAAGUGCUGUGUUGUUAAUUCGGAUAGCAUGCUUACUGAAGUGAUAGUUUGACCAUAGUUGUUUGUUUGAUUUGUAUAUCUUUUUCUUUUGUAUUUGUUUGGGUUUUUUUUUUUUUGUUGGUUGUUGUGGCAUUAUAUCAAGAUUUGGACAUAGUGGCAUUAGUUUUGGUACAGUUUGUUUUAAAUUUCAAGUUCCUUCUACUGGCAAGAUGUUUUGUUAAUUGCAGAGGUACAUGUUCAAAAGGAAUACAGGAUCAGUGACCCUGUUUGAAACAUUAUAAGUUGUCAAGAUUUUAUUUACCACUAUGUUGUCGACGUGUACUCUUGUGUGAGUUUUCUGUAACUCUCAAGCCUAUUUAUAAACCUUUCGGUUGACCAGCCUGCUGUUACCUCUAUUGUCUUCAUAUUUAUUCUUUCAGUAGUUUUUAACAUGACUCUCCUUUUUGUGUACAGCACUAUUUAAUUGGUGUUUUUCUCUCUAUCUCUCCGUUCAUUUUCUUCACUUCAUGUGAUAAUUUGUUUUUCUUAGCUGUCCUUUCCCUUUGGCUACAUUCAGUUAAAUAGACAUUUGCGAACAGCUGACAAAGGCGAGGUUGUACAUAGAAAUGUUACAUAUACACCUGAUUUCCUCUUUGUACAAAGUUUGAUGUGGUGGGGGAAAAGAAUCAGAUGCUGUUUUUUAAAGAAGGGUGGGGGGGGGGGGGGGAGAAAGAAUAAUCAAAUAGUUUCAACUCCAGCUUUAGAAAAGAAGUAAAAGACCUGCAAUCUUCUAAACCAUUAUAAUAUAUCACAAUAUGAUUCUAUGCACAGAAAUGUACACAUGCCUUCUUAAAUAUAGCCGUUCAUUCAUUUUGGUGUUAAUGGCUUUUGGGAUCGUGACCACAUGGAGCAAAGUAUGUUACUGGAUAAAGCGUCAUAUGUGAAUGAAAGUUUGCAGGGUUUUGCAUCGUUUAUCAUUCAUCAAGAUUUAAAAUUGAAGUUUCAAAGCUGAUUCCUUUUACACCCUCUUGAUUUGUACCGUAAUGCUUUGUUCAGAGAAAAAAGAUACUGCUCUGAUAUCUUUUUUUUUCUCCAGACAAAAGUGUUUACUUGAAAUAUUUUGGAUUUUCUAAAAAUUUCAUACAGGGUAUUUGACCAUGUCUCAUUUCAUAUAUAUCUAAGAUCAUGCGUUUGCAAGGAGUGUGGGUUGUUGCAUGCAUGUGUUCGGGAUGUGUGUUUGUGAGUGUGAGUAUGAUUGUGUGUCACUGUACUGUAGGCCUACGUGCGUGUUUGUAUAAAUACUUGUGUGGUUUUUUUGUUCGAAACAUCAAAGCCCAUCGUACAUCAGACCUUUGCUCAGAAAAAAAAAAAAUUAGGCACUUGUGCAUAUGAUAAUGAUGUCCAGUCUAUGUGCCUUCUCUAGCAAGGGCAAAUGCCUUUCGCUUGUGCUCAAAUCAUGUCAUUGUGUCACUCAGGACACACCAAAGAGUUGCCAUAGUGUUCAGUUAGAUACUUAAUUCUCUUUUUUUCUCUCUGCCACUCUCCAGAAAACCAGUCCCCCAGAUUGUUGAAUCCAACUUUUAACCCCCUGUUCUUAAAACUUGUUGUAUUCGAACUUCCUUAAAGCGGAGCAGGUGUCUAAAAUGCCAGAUAUAAAGUUUGGCUGCUAACUUUGAUUUUCCAAACUGAUGCAUUACAUCUGUAAGGAGCUCUCAUGUUCAAGAGGUUAUAUUAUAUAUAAACUUAAUAUGCGUACUGUCGGGUGUCACAACUGAAUAUAUGUAUCGCAGAGAAAUUAUAUGCUAUUGUCAUGCUCAUUUAACAUUGAUGCUUGUGUGUAGUGAUAUAUGUUAUGUUUCAUUUUUACUUUCAGUAUUGAGAAUAUGUGCUUUUGCAACCUGUUUUCAGAGACUUUAAAAUUAAAAAGAAAAAUGUUGAAACUUACAUAGACAGUCAUGUCCUCUAGUCCCAAAAGUUCACGCAUGAUAAAUUUAAUUUUCUGAUUAGAUAAUCUGGCCGGCGCCACUUGUGUGAGGUUAGGCGCUUUGCCAUCACACCCAGAAGAUACGAGUUCAAGACCCGUGUUCAGAGCUUUUUCAUGGAGUAUCUUUGCCUGCUUGACUUUGCAUCCUUCUCUGCUGGUUUUGUGGAUUGCCGGGGGGUAUUUAUUCAUGAACAAGUAUUGUUACGAUCAGGCAAGAAAUUCAGUCUUAUGAGUCAACUGAUUCUUGAAUGAGAGGUUGUAAUUAUACAAAUUACAUCAAAUUGCACCAUGUGAUUUAUUAUCUUCACUCAGUAAAUUUCGUAUUGGACAAACAAAAGUUAGAGGCAGCUGUAGCAUUGUUUGGUUGGUGUUGUAGGUAAACAAGGCUUGUAGGUUCCCCAAAGGCCUGUGUACAAUGGGGUGUAGGAGUCAAGUGUGAAAGUAAAAAAUAAAGUAAAGUAGAAGUGGGUGUACCUUCUCAGAAAGAAAAAGGAUAGCACUCAAGGAUCUGUCUUUGACUGUUGAUUAAUGCUGAAGUGAGGAUUAAUCCUGUGUGACCACACUGUAGGAAGAAGACAUAAUUCACUUAUUCCUGUACACUGUUUAUGUUAGAAAGCCAGUCAUUUUACUAGAAAACUUUUGUGGAUUCCUUUUGAAGUGAACACCCCCAGGUCUUCAUAGUGGCCAUUCAUUUGCCGGUGGGUGAGGAGUAGACGGUUUAAGUGCAUCGGUUGCAAACUUAAACUCUAACAGAUCUCUUUAUUAUCUAUUCUUCUAAUUUCAAGGUUGGCCUAUCAGUCUUACUAACAUAAAAAUUAAUGGA